AAUGUGUUCAUACCAUUCAGAAUAUUAAUCUUUACGUUUUAUACGACAACCGAGGAGUCAAGAUCUGAACUCAGUCUACAACAUGAUCCACCGGUCUCAUUCAUUUCACCAUGACACCAAGACCGCCAUUAAAACCAACUAAAACACAUCAUGCCAACACCACAACAGCUGCUCCGGGGUUCCUGGCCUCUUUACUGGACAGGAUUCCUUUGCCAAGAUGGGCCAUCUAUGCUAUAUUUGCCGCCAUCCUCCUGCUCAUUCUUAUCUGCAUGAUAUGCUGCUGUGUAAAAUGCUGCUGCAAAGGGAAAAAGAAGAGGAAGAAGCUGGAGCAGAAGAUCAGUAUGAAAGGGAUCUCAGGAUCUACAACCGCAGCACUGGUCCAGCUUGAGACAGAGGAUGUGGAGGAUGGAUCAGACCAACAGAGGGGAAAACUGCAGUAUUCACUGGAGUUCAAUGCAUCCAUUUCAGAGCUGAGCGUUGGAAUAAAAGAAGCUGCCGCUUUGAAAGCGAUGGAUUUAGGAGGGACAUCUGACCCUUAUGUGAAAAUCUACAUCCUUCCCAACAAGUCCAAAACAUUUGAGACGAAAGUCUUCAGGAAAACCCUUAACCCCGUGUUCAAUGAAAAUUUCAAAUAUCAGAUCCCUCAGAAGGAGCUGAUUGAGUCGAUAUUGGUGAUGCAAGUCUAUGACUUUAACAAAUUCUCCAAACAUGACAUCAUCGGUGAGAUCAGACUGAAUCUGUCCACAGUGGACUGGAAUCAUGUGAUCGAGGAGUGGAGAGAUCUGAGCAAAGCUUCCAAACACGAGCAAGAGAAUCUGGGAGAGAUCUGCUUUUCUCUUCGUUAUGUCCCGACUAGUAGUAAACUCACUGUGAUCAUACUGGAAGCCAAGAACCUGAAGAAGAUGGACCAGGGAGGCUCUUCAGACCCUUAUGUGAAAGUUCAAUUGGUUCUGGAUAAGAAGAAGUGGAAGAAGAGGAAAACAUCAGUGAAAAAGCGAACAUUGAAUCCAUACUUUAAUGAAUCUUUCACUUUCGAAGUAUCGUUUGAACAGAUUCAGAAAGUCCAGCUGGUCAUCUCAGUGUGGGAUCAUGACAAAAUUAGCAGAAAUGAUGCGAUUGGCAAGAUCUAUCUGGGCUGUGAUGCUACAGGAAACCAGUUGCGCCACUGGGCGGAUAUGCUGUCCAACCCACGCAAACCUGUGGCUCAAUGGCACACAUUACUCUCUGCUGAACAGGUGGACACAACGCUGGCCUUGAAGUACACGUUAAAGAUCCCAUUUACAAACAAAAACUUUUGAGAAACCUCUACUAAC